AUGACAGGAGCAUCGAAAUCGAAAGCAGCAAGUACCAGCGACUACGAGAUUGACCAAACAGCAAAAACUUUGGAUCUCGAUGCUGUAGCAGAUGAUAUUGCAUUGCAGAUGCAUCAUGAAGAAUGCGAAAGGCUUGAAAAGUUUCAAGAGCAGAAUGAACCGAAUCAUGUGGCGGUAGGAGCUACCGCGCACGUAAUUCGACGUGCAUUUCACACUUUUUACGAUAAGCCCGAAAUUCGUGACCAAGCUAUCCAAGUUUUAAGUGAGAGUGAGUCAGCAAGAUUAAUCAGUGAUACGUCGGAAGCACAAAGGGAAGUACAACAGACUGGAAACAACGACGAUCUGAAUGAGCAAGAGGUGAAAGAGGAAAGUCCUUUUGUGGCUCAAGCUCAAGCUCGAAAGCAGGCAAUUGCGCUUAAGUUUGAACGCAAACACGAACGAGCAAACUCACUGCUUCAAUUUAUGGAAUUAAGGCAACAAGAAGCGGCUGAGGCCGAUGCUCAAUUUGCUCAGAACUUAAGUGACCAGGGAUUAGUUUUAAAAGCGCAGAUACCGAUAGGUCCGACCAAUUUAAGGCUCAACGAUCAUGAAUUGCAGCUUGCUCAAGAUAAAGGAUCCGAUUUUGGUGAGUUUGUCGAGUCAUUACUAUACGCAAAGACGUUUAUGGUCGAGUACGAGGAAAAACGACAGCAUCUUAGUGGUAAUCAGGAGAAAUUGGUAAAACGAACAGGGAAAGAGAGCCAAAAAGAAGAAUAUAUGGGGUACCUUAACACGACAACGUCGUUUAAUAUACGCACAGAAGCAACGCUUGAGCACCAUAAGCAUGAUAUUGCAGACAUCAAAGCUGCUCAUGCAGUACAACGUGCAACUGCAGCGUCGGCUCAUCUACUCAAAGCAAACAUCCACGGUCAACUUCAGUCAAUGAACCCAGUUGAAAAGCGAAAAAAUAGAGCAAUUCUCAAGCGGAUGCAAAGUAAACUCAAUUUCGUGCGAAAUCCGCGGUAUUCAAUACAAGAUGUAUCGAAAAUGACGAGACAUAAUCUUGCUAAAGGAAAUGAGAAGAAUCCACCAUGUUUUGCCGUCGCACCCAAGCCCCCCAUUCUAUUCUCCACGUACGAUAUAGGUGGCAUGUAUGAGCAAAUUGUUUAUGUUCGCAAUGUUAGCGUGCUAUCUCGAUGUGCACGGAUCCUUUCACCUAGCACCAUGUUCUUUACACUAACUAGUAUAAAGUUUCCAACAGAUCGGAAUCAAGUCGCACCUGGAAUGCAUAUUGAAGUAUGCAUUCGAUUUACACCAAAUUCUCGUGCCGACUUUACCGACAGUUUUUCAGUUCAGUAUGAAACUAUGCAAUCGGAAACUCAAGGAUCUUCUAACUCAAGUACUAUGAUAGUUCCACUUGUAGCAAGCCGAGAAUCUCCAGAAUUGACGUUACCUCUUGUCAUCCAAGCUCAGAACACUCUUGUGGGUGGACGUUCUGUAAAAUCGCUCAAAUGUAAGAAUCUUGGAGGCAAAGCGAAAUUUUGGAUUCUCACUGAAUUCGCUUAUUCUCAAUUGCACCAUCGUGAGCUUGAGAAUUCGACAGUUGAUACAGUGGUGAAAAUGCUCGAAAACGGUAAUAUGUUGGACGCUACAAUGAAAAUCGGUCCUUUUUCGUUACAACCCACUGCUUUUGAGCUGGCAAAAGGCCAAAGUGUCAUUUUAGAGCUUAUCUACAUUCCGUCUGAAAGUCACGAACAGCGAGAAAACUUUGUGAUGGUCUGUGAUAAUUGUCUUGUGAAAGUGUUUGAAUUGGUUGGUCGGGGCUGUCAAGUGGAAGUAGUAGCCACGAAAAUAAAUCACGUACAAAUCGAUACAAGUAUCCCUAAUAUGGGUCUUUUAGAUCGUAUGGUUUUCAAAGACGAGGUGAUUGUAAAUGCCAGUGCUCAACAAUCGCUUGAAAUCAUGAAUAAAACUCCUCUUGAUGUGAAAUAUUUCUGGCAUAUCCAUUCGUUAUAUAAUGAAAACAAGGACCAGACGAACGUAGUUUCACAUGAAUCAAAGUGGAUGCCACCGUUUUGUAUUAACCCAAAGACUGGUGUGUUUGAAAUGUUAUCGACAAACAAAUUUACGAUCGGGUUUUCACCGACUGAAGCUUGUACUUACGCGUGUCAGGCAAUAUUAAUGAUUAAUGACAUUUCAGCGUGUAGUAUAUCAAAAUCUAAUUUGAUAGAUCACUUGGAUUCUACAGCUACUGAAGUAGAAAAUGCAAUGCCAGUCUUCUCGAUACAACUUCAUGGACGUGGAAAACAUGGUAGUUUUACGAUCAUUCCUGCUUUCAUUAACUCCUGGACUUUGUUUCGAGACAAAUCACCUGAUUCGGGUUCUCAAUCCGUUCAUAUACUCAACUCCAAACAGAAUUACUUGUCAACCGUGCAAUUAAUCAAUCAAUGCAAUGCUCGCAUUGCAUUCUGUUGGGAUAUUACUCAAACACGACAGCGACACUUAACCAUGCAUGAUUCAUCUCUUUCUACUUUGGUUCAAAAUGAAGAAAUCCCACCAUUUGAACUUGCAAUUCGGCCACUUACAGGAGAAAUAGAGCCUUUAGGACAUCAGAGUAUUGAAGUGACAUUCACACCUUUUUGUACUGGCUCAUUCUCACUUAGUGUACCCUGUCAACUUGUCUCUCGUAUUGACAAUUGCAACUUACAAAGUCCACGUUGUGAGCGUUGGUUACUUCUUGAAGGUCGCGUUGCUGGGGCAGAGAUUGAAAUUCUUACACGAGAAAUUGAUUUUGGGCCUGUGUUAGUUGGAACGGGCGCCGAGUCGGUGAUUACAAUCCGAAAUCCAUCACGUACCGUGACGACAGACUGGAAGUUCGUACAGUUAGGAUUGACACCAGAAAAUGAGUCAGGAAUCAACCAUUUAACACAGUCGUCACCGGGUCCAAAGCUUCGACGAUCGAACUCGAAAGACUCGGUCAUUUCACGACGUUCAUCAACUUCCUUUGUUUCUGGCAAUGACACGGAGCGUAGUUUAUUUACAUCACGAACAUCCCAACCACGAGCUAUUGUCACAUUUGCUCCUGAUGCUGGCGUGCUAGCACCUGGCGAGCUCUUCACAUUGAAAGCAAUUUGCAUGGCAGGAUCAUUUCCCGAACGUUUUCGCGGUCUUUUCCGCUGUCAAACAGCCCCAGAACGGACAUUUACUGGCAAUAAAAUUUCACACGCUGCAGUCUCAAGUCGUGCUGAAGUUCAGUGUGCAGAGGUUUUUCUCUCAACUUCCCACUUAACGCUUGGGAUAAUUUACUUAGGAGUCGAGAUUCAUCGAAGUUUUGAACUUGUAAAUGCUUCAAACCUUGAAACUGCUUUCAAAUUUGUAGAACCUGAAGGAACAUCUCGAGCUUACACUGUCUCGUUUGUACCAAAGGAAGGCAUCAUUCACUCAAAAGCACGACUUGCUGUCACGUUACAUUACACACCACGACAAACUGGUCGAUUUUCAGUGAUUUUUGCGUGUAGUGUGCGUGGAAUGUCAGGUCCUUUAGGACUCGAAGUGAGUAGCAGUCACAAGGGGCUUGUUCUGUCAUACAGCUUGGUGCAAGCUCCACUACCUUCAGAUUAUCGAGCAAAAGAGUCUACGUCGGCUAUUAAACUACCAGAGUCUCCAAAGGAGAUUGCCCUUAAACGUAAGAUAUCGCUUUCUGACUGUGACUUAGAGCCACAAGUAAACAGUGUUCCGAAACUGGCCUUUGGAGAUUGUGUACCACUUGGAGAAAAACGAGUACUAAAUCUUUUAAUCCAGAACUACAGUGGCAUUGAAGCGCUUCUAACGCUAGAAGCAAAGAGAUUUCCUGCAGCAGCUACGUCUUCAACUUUGGUAUUGAAAAAUAACGAGAAUCUUAACCGUGCACAACAGACAUCGUUUAAAAAUGAUAAGCUUGAACUUCCUUUCAUACCAUCCAAAACCUAUGCCAAUUCUCGCCUUUCAAAUGCCAAAGAAAAUGAAUAUUGCUAUCAAUCAUCCAGUGGACGUAAAUAUCUUCGUCAACGAGUCGAAGAAGAUGAAGCGCGUCAGAUAUUGCGCGACAAUCGUGGAGUGGCUUUUGACAUUUCCCCCUCAUCUGUAUCGAUCCCUCCAUGGGAACAACAAGUCGUUCAAAUUCUUUGUUUUAAUAACAUGCCUGGUACUUAUGUCGAUGACAUUAUUUGUCGAGCAACCGGCGCACUUCCUAUCAUUUUACACACUCAUGUAAACGUUGUUGGUAGUCCCUUGACAUUCAAGCGCAACUGCGUUGGGUUGUAUUUUAACAAGCCAUUGAUAGAAGAUAAUCCUGUGAAUUCUCGACCAACACUAAAAUUUGGUGCAGUGUGCGUGCGAUCCAAUGCAAUCACAAAAACCUUAAGUGUCAUAAAUCGUGGACCACAGCAAGCUCGUCUUGUGUGGAAAUUGGUUGAAAGUGGAAGCGAAGAUCAAGAGGUGAGAGUCACGUUACGCGUAGACUUUGCAUCGAAAUUGCACUUGCAGAUCACUCCGUGCGACCACGACAGUCAAGCUAUUCUUCCAUUUACAAUUGAGCCAAAGACAGCGAUGGUUCCAGCGUUUAGUUUAGUGCCAUUUCGGAUCACGUUUCAGCCUCCAUCAAAUACUCUAGGGCCUUCGCGAAUUGUGUUAUUGGCUGAUGCUCAUUGGUAUGACCCGAAAAAUGAAGAUACGAAGCACUCAGACACGAAUAUAAAAUCAAAUGCGACGUUGUCUGAUGUCGCUUCUUCGGAAAAUUCUCAACUAGAUGCUAGCUCAAUCAAUUUGAAGCAUCAGAGUAACAACCGUCGUGCAACGGCAGUUGGAAAAGCGUUUGCUGUAGUGCGCAUGGCAAAUGCACUUGGACGGAAAUCAGGGCCAGUGAUGGGAAGAGCUCCUGGUUCCUCUCUCAGUAUUAAGUGUCUUAGUGUGCUUCUUUCAGCUGAUACAAUCGAGCCUGAGCUGUUUAUUGAUAAACCUCGCGAUCAAGCUCAUGCUUUGAAUUCACAAGCUCUAGAUGCACAUAACGCGAAAACUUCCAGCUCUAUACCGACAAUCAAUCCAAUGCUUCAUCCGUACCACAUCAAAUUCACGACUUGGUCCACACUCUUGUCUGUAUCAAAGGCACAUCCAUCACAUCUUCGUCAGAUUGUUUUACUGAAUCGAUUAGGGACAAAAGUAACGUUUCGACUGGAGUCUGAAGGUCCAUUUGCCGUCACGAACGCCGUCUCACUAGCACCACGACAUCCCUUAUCAUCGAAAAAUCUAUCUGCAGCACAUCGUCGACCCUCAACUAUGAGCGAGUCCCACAUCUUUUUGCUACCGCCGCAAAUGUCUGUGCAUAUCGAUUUGCGAUUCCUUCCAGCGAAUUUUCAGACAAGUCAUUUACCUAAUUUCCAAUGCAAUUCCCUGCAGUCUCUUCAUAAUCAAAUCGAUGGUGAGCUGCGAGUUCUUUUCUCCACACAAUCAAUCCAAACGAUUCGACUGACUGCAGUGGUCCUGCGCCCUGCUAUAGUCGUGUCACCAUCAAUCAUCAACUUUGGACAAGUUACCACAUCUCGUUCAAUUGUCUUACGCCUUGCAAAUCCAACAGUUGUACCCGCGCAUUUUUCAAUUCAGCAUAUACCAAGACCAAAGUCGAUUACACGAGUUCAACAAGAAGAAAUGCGUCGAUAUGACGCGCACUUAAUUGAUAAGCCGGAAGUUUUUACAUUCUCACAGCUUACAGGUGUACUCGUUGGACCAACUCCAGUACUUAAGUCGGAUGAAGGAUAUCUUGAUAUCUCUGACUCAAUGCGAGUUCGAUUGCGUAAAGACACGAGAUUCUGUCACCCAUUUCUUCACGCACCACUAGAUCUUUCUGUCGAUUUCCACCCUCAAAAAGAUCAACAGUAUCAAAGUCGCUUUCGCUUCAAGGUCGAAAAUGGUCGUGACUUCGAAAUUGUAUUAAAGGGAACAGGAUGA